AUGGUUUUUGCCAUAGAGGAGCUGAAUCAAAAUCCCAAAAUACUUCCCAAUAUUACACUUGGAUUCAAGAUAUUUGAUUCAUGCUAUUCAGAGUUCAGAGCACUUAGAGGGACUUUUUUGAUGCUUUCUGGAGGGAUUAAAGAAAUUCCAAAUUACAGAUGUCAGACUGACCAACCCUUAUCUGGUAUUGUUGGAGAUGCACAGGCAAAAACAUCCCUUCCCAUGGCUAGAGUUUUAGGACUGUACGGAUAUCCACAGAUUAGCCAUGGUUCUGCCGUUGCAGUAUUGAGCAACAAGCAGCAAUUUCCAUCAUUUCUACGAACGAUGACAAAUGACAAUUUUCAGUAUCCUGUCCUCACACAUUUGAUUACCCAUUUUAGUUGGACAUGGAUAGGAAUCAUAGCUUCAGACAAUGAAUAUGGCCUUCUUGGUAGUCAGAAUCUUAAAACUUCUCUUAGCCUCAGAGAAGUAUGUGUCGCUUUUUCAGAAAUCAUUUCACUUGGCAUCUCCAUGAAAAGGUUACUUCAGAUUGUUGAUGUAAUUAAAAAGUCCAAUUUAACAGUUAUUGUUGUAUAUGCAACACGGAUGGAACUUUUCCCAUUAAUUGAUGAGAUUGCCAGGCAAAAUAUCACUGGGAAGGUCUGGUUAGCCACAAUCAGUUGGAUAAUUUCACCCAUUUUCUCCAAGAGACUCUCAUGGAAAGCACUUAAUGGUACCUUUGGUCUUGCAACGCACAAGGGUGUGAUUCCAGGACUUAAAGAGUUUAUUUACAUGUUACAUCCUUUCACAGCAACAGAUGAUAUUUUUGUCAAGUCAUUCUGGGAAGAAACAUUUAGUUGCUCUUGGCCAACUGACAAUCAUGCCAAACAAGCAAAGGAUGUGAACACAACAUUCAUGCUUUGCACGGGUGAAGAAAAGUUGGAUUAUUAUGACCUGUCUAAAUUUAAUUUGUUUGAUUUUAGAUAUGCAUACAAUGCCUAUAAAGCAGUCUAUGCAAUUGCUCAUGGUUUACAUGCUCUUUUGAACUGCAAUUCAAGUAGUGAGUUUUAUGCUUACAAAACUUGUAAAACGUUUGAUUAUCGUAAGUCAUGGCAGCUUCUUCAUCAUGUGAAGAAUGUGUUUUUUAAAGACAUAUCAGGUGAGGAGUUAUUUUUUGACCAAAAUGGAGAUUCACCAGCAAUGUAUGACAUAUUAAAUUGGCAAGUCUCCCCUGAUGGAAACACCACUAAAUAUGUGAAAGUUGGCUAUUUUGACUCUCGAGCCCCUCCAGGGCAACAGUUCUUCAUUAAAGAAAAUCUGAUUUUGUGGAAUGGUGACAACACACAGAUUCCACGGUCAGUGUGUAGUGAACCCUGCCCUCUAGGUUCCAGGAAAGCUGCCCGCAGAGGGCAGCCAGUCUGCUGCUUUGACUGCAUCCCAUGCUCUAAGGGUGAGAUUUCUAACCAAACUGGUGCCAGCAACUGUAUCAGAUGUGCUGAGGAUAAAUGGCCUAAUCUAAGACAGGAUACAUGCAAGCCCAAAGAUGUGGAGUUUCUCUCCUUUGAAGAGGCAUUGGGAUCAGCUUUAGCAGGAUCUUCAGUCUUUUUUACUUUAAUGGCUGCUUCUACCCUGUGUAUCUUCAUAAAGUACAGAGACACACCAAUUGUCAAAGCCAAUAACCGGGACCUCAGCUACUUAAUCCUUUCUUCCAUCUUCCUUUGCUUUCUCUGUCCCCUGGUAUUCAUUGGUCAACCGAACAUCUACACUUGUCUGCUUCGUCAAACUAGUUUUGGAAUAAUAUUCUCCUUCUGUGUUUCUGGUAUACUGGCCAAAACCAUAACCAUUGUCAUUGUUUUUAAAGCCACAAACCCUAAUAGCAAAUUAAUGAAGUAUGUGGGACCCAGAACACCAUAUUGUAUUAUUUUUUCAGGAUCUCUAUUACAGGUUACUCUCUGCAUUAUUUGGCUGGCAAUGUCUCCACCAGUUCCUGAACUGAAUUUCAGCUCUGAGGAGUUUAAAAUCAUAAUAGAGUGUAAAGAAGGUUCUUUUGUCAUGUUCUACUGCAUGCUGGGAUACCUGGGACUCUUAGCCAGCACCUGCUUUGUUGUAGCCUUUCUAGCGAGGACCUUGCCAGAUAGUUUUAAUGAAGCAAAGUUUAUCAGUUUUAGUAUGAUCAUAUUUGCCAGUGUCUGGCUGUCCUUCAUCCCAGCAUACCUAAGUACAAAGGGCAAGUAUAUGGUGGCUGUGGAGAUAUUUGCAAUCAUGGCAUCUGGCAGUGGAAUAAUCAUUUGCAUAUUUUUCCCAAAAUGUUACAUAAUUCUUCUAAGACCAGAGUUAAACACAAGAGGGCAAUUAAUGGGGAACACAAAUGUAUCCAGAAAAAUGUAA